GUAGAUGGCAUUGCCAUAAAUCAAAAGGAAGAGCAGCUGAAUUCAUACAAGAUCAAUUGUGAGUGCAAAGGAGAAAAGAAGAAGAAGAAGAGAUGGGGAAUGCAGGGAGUGGCAUGCAGCUACCAUGGCUCCGAGGAGAUCAAAAAGUACAAGAGAAGGAGGUUGUCACAGAAGGCUCACUUUUAGCUAUGGGUGCAUAUAGUGUUGUGACUUCAGGCUUCGGUGAUCUUGAAAAGGCUCCUCGUGGCGGUGCUGGCUAUCAACGUCCACAAGGUUUUGUUCCAGGAGAUGGAAAAACAACAUUGAAGAUCAUGAGUUAUAAUGUGUGUUCUAAUGAAGAAGUGCAUGUAAAUGAGAGGAUGAAAGCAAUUGGUGAACUUAUAGAGCAUCACUCUCCAGACAUUGUCCUCUUGCAGGAUGUUACAAAGCAUAUAUAUGAAAUUUUCAUGAGUUUUAGUUGGUGGGAUUUGUACAAAUGUUCAGUUUCUCCAGAAAAGGCUUCUCGCAAAACUGAACAGUUCUGCAUCAUAUUGAGCAAAUUCCCAGUAAGAGGAUUCAUUUCCAAACAAUUCAGUGACACAGAAAUGGGAAGAAGUUGGUGCUCGGCCGAUAUCGAUACCGGUUUAGAUAAGAAGCUCAUUAUUACAACAUGCCAGCUUGAGAGCUGCACAGCUGAAAAUAACAACUCUAGCAAACGUUUAGCUCAGGUUGAAGAACUUCAGGCUCUUUCCAAAUAUGCUCCAAAUGUGAUAUGGGGUGGUGCUUUCAACUGGGAUGAGGACAAAGACAAAGCUUUUCCUCUGAAUGAUGGUUUAAUGGAUGCAUGGGAAACACUCAAACCUGCAGAAAAUGGAGGGAAUUAUGAUACUGAAACAAACUCAAUGCGGAAAAAUCAAAAUCAUCUGCAGAAAAGGUUUGACAGGUUUAUCUACAGAUUGGAGGAUUUCUCUUGCAAAAGUGUGGAAUUAAUUGGAACAGAAGCCAUUAAUGGAGUUUUGCCAAGUGAUCACUAUGGUCUAAUCUUAAUCAUCUCUUUUGAAUAAUUUCAGUUUUUAGACUUUUUAUCAGCAAUCUAUUUUGAUGAUAAGGUGUCAGGACCACAUAUUAAAUAUCAUUAAUUAUUGUGUAUGGUUUCUUGUUGGAGUUGCAAUUAAAUAUAUAUCUGCCAAGUACCAAGACUUGUAUUUUCCACAUCAAUAUAUGACUAUUUAAUUAAUAAAUGAUGCCGAAAAAAAACUUCGGAUACGCUUUGGUGUA